UCACACACCGAGGUGUCCCCAUCGUCCACUCGAUACACCUCAGGUACCCGACCAUCAGCACUGCCCGAGCACGGCCUCUUCCACUGUCCAUCCUCCUCUGCUCGCGGAGUCCCCCCUUCCAUCCUACUCCGUCGCCUCUUCCCUCUACUCCCUUCCGAUAUGAUGCCAGUAGAGACACUUACCAGAGACCCCCUAUAGUACACCCUCUGACCCCGGCUC